CAAGGCAGCCUGGGGCCAUACUCUCUGAUCCUUGUGACCUUCCCCAACAGCCAUAGCUAUUUGUCUUCCUGCAGAACCUAUUAAGUAAUAAAGCUCAGCUCGGCCAGAGAUACAACACGCCAGCCUGUGGCCCCUGCUCUCUGCUCCUUGUUACCACCUCCAAUAGCCAGAGCUAUUUGUCUUGCUGCAGUACCUAAAGCUCAGCACAGCUAGACAUACAAGCCAGACUGGAAAUCAGAGCACUGGGGAGGUGCAAUCAACCUGGGAGGCAAAUGUACCACAUUUUUCAAGUGUUAAGUACAAAGAAUGAUUAAUUCCUCCUCCUUAUGCUGAAAAACAAAUUCUGAGACCAGAAUCAGAUGUGGAGUUUUUGCAGUAGGACACAUUGUGCUCCUCUGGAUACAGAAGGACAAUUUCAGGAUGCAGCAGGACACACUGACCUUGUUUAGGCACAGGACUUGUCUUGGUUUUCCUUCAGGGGGAGCAAUUGAUCUUCUCUGGAAACAGAAGGGCAUCUCUUUUGCUUUUUGUUCAGCGAGACCUAUUAAACGUCUCUGGGCACAGAAGUGUAUGUCUUGCGAUUUUCCUUCAGGGAGACCUAUUGAGCACAUGAGGACACAUUUUGCUUAUCCUGACUUAAGCAAGACCUAUUGAGCUUCUCUGGGCACCAAGGACAACUCUUGCUUUUCCCAACUUCAGCAAGACCUUUUGAGCUUCUCUUGGCACAGAAGGGCAUUUAUUGCUUUUCCUGACUUCAAGGAAACCAACUGAGAUUCUCUGGGCACAGAAGGACAUCUUGUGCUAGAGCUACUGCAGAUACCACAGGCACCUCCAGCAUGAGAUCAUUUCUGGGCUCUCUUUAUAGUGGGUCAAUUUUAGAUGUAGUUUCUGCAGAAGGACAUCUCCUGGUUAAGUCAUAUUAGGAUUUGUUUGUUCCACUAAACAUAUGGAACUACCCAGAGGUCAACAUGUUACCAGCUCCUGUAAUUGCCUUGGGAGCCACCCUUGGAACAGCUACAGGUAUCUUUGCUAUCUUUGGACUGAUAUGCUUUUGCAUGUGUUUAAAGUGUAAGAAUAUGUUCUCUGGCCACCAGAAUGAGAGACCGGUGACCAUGAUUAUGGUGCAGCCAGGACCUCUGAUGAGCAUUUCCAAGUGCACUGAACCAGUUCAGCCGCAGGCAAAGCUUCACUUCCCACAGAUCUACUACUCUACGCAAACAUCUCCAGAUGUCACUAGCUACAAACAGGAUUCUCUGAAGAAGAUGAGACCGCAGAAACAUGGCUAUCCAACUGAGAACUGGAAGGGAACAGAUAUGGAAAUCAGCCCUGGAGAACCUGCUGGAGACCAAACAGCGCACGCUUCUGCACUAGAGAAAGAAAAUAUAGAACAGACAGCUAUUUCUAACCAUGUCCUGAAACUUCACUAUUCCAUUUGGUAUGAGCUGCAGACAGAAGAGCUACGUGUAUCUUUUUUAGAAGGACUGUGCACCUCAGACACUGAGGACAAACACUAUGGCAAUCACUGUUAUGUCUUGGGAAUCUUGACUACCAUUAGCGGUUUAAUGGAGACACGAACAACUCUGAUAAAGAGUGCUCCUUAUGUUGCAUGGGAAGAAACUCUAUUAUUCCGUUUGAAGCAGGAGGAGAGGAGUAAGGCUACACUAACACUCACUCUGAGGCACUGUGAUCAAUUCACCAGACAACAUACUCUUGGGGAGAUUACACUGAGUCUGGAGAAUAUUCACUAUGGGACAACGCAUUGGGUGGACCUCAAGGCUCCAGAAAAGUUAUGCCAGGACUCAAGUCGCACUAAUUCUUCGAGCACAGUUUCGGCUGGAGUUGAGAAACAUGGCUGUAAACAAUCUGCUUUUAGUUAGAAGCAAAAUGAACUUUAAUAAAUGAAAUUUCCCUUGUACAAGAACAAAACUAAUAUGGGUCACAUUCUACUCUCCAUAUCGAGGUUUUGGUUUCGGAUAUUUGCAGCAUGUGUUUUGACUGAUUACAAUUACAAAUGGAUUCUGCUGAUAAAAGGUCCUUAGCCACAAAAUAAUUUUUGGUUGUUAAGCUCUUGUUAUUAGAAUUGAAACUGGGAAUCAAACAAACGUGACAAACGGCCACUUGGCCCCUCUGAAAGUUACAUUACAGAAUCCCUUUUUGUUUAAUGAGAAUAAUUAUUUCUAUAUUGUAGCUCGAACCAAACUGAUAAGUGUUAAACAAUCUGAAUGGCAUGCGUAUCAGCUUUUUACAUUUUAACAUUUUAAAAGUAUUUUUUAAUGUUUUAAAUCAUUGAUUGAGAAAACACUGUUUGCGCUUUUUUUGUCGUUGUUUGGCAAGCCAAUAAUGGGCUAGAUUACAAGUGAAGCUCAAUUGCUACCGCAAAAAGUGCAAGCCCAGUCGUAAGGUCACAACAUUUUUAUUGCUAGACCCCAUAUUACAAGUUGUACACUUAAAAAAUACUCAUGGUAACUAAUGUUACAUAUAUUUUCAAUGACGAGUGCAAGGUGGAAACAAAUUCAUUGCUAAUCCUUGCACUCGAGCAAAGGGUAAUAAAGUGCAAAUGCAACUGAAGUUUUGUCCAGUGUAAUUAGGCCCACACCUAACUUUAUUGCCCUAUAUAUUCAAGUCCAUGUUCUACUCCCUAGGUGUCUGAUGUCCAUUUUACUUUUUCUGCUGCUCCCACUUGAGGUUCACACCUUGAUAAAUAUUCCAGUACAUAUCCGCUGCCUUGGGUGUUCACUUGCUCAUUUCUGUUGCUCCAUCCUGUGACAGUUUUAGAGAACACUCUGAUACUGUAAUCCCAAAGUCAGUCCUGCACCUUGCCGUAACUUUCUUGAUCUGUAUAUUCCACUCUAUGCUCUGUUCCCCUAAGUGUCUAUCUGCCCAUUUUAAAUGUUGUUGUUCCUGUCCAACUGCUCCUUUGUUGCUCUAAAAAUUUAAGUCCGAUACACCAAACUGAACAAAAUAAUCUCAGUCUAAUAUGCACUACUCCAUGCAAUGCUUUUUUUUAUACCUUUAGUGUACUUAGCACUUGUGUAGAAUAGGAACAUAUCCUUCAUCUCAGAAACCACUGUGAUAGUCCACUAGUUUAUAGGGACAGUAAACAAAAAGUGGGCUUUCUGCCAAACUCCCUAGAGAAGCCAAAAGCAAAAUCUGUAACCUAGGUUUCUGAAAAUGCUGUGAAUCACAUCAAAUCAUUUUUUUUAUGUGCAUCAUUUACAGGUAACAGAAUUUUUUUUUGGCCUCUCCCAGGAGCAUGAGACAAGCACAUUUUUACAGAAAACUAGGCAGUGUUUUUUUUUUUUUUUUUUCCAUUUUUGUUUGUUUUUUUAAUACUUUAUUUUUGUAGUACAGGCAGUCCCCGGGUUACAGACAACAGUACAACUCGUACUUACAAACUGAGAACAUAGAGUUUUAUCACCAAUCCUUCUUUCCUGGAUAACCCAAAAUACUCAAAAUCCAAUUGUCACAAGGACAGAAAGUGAUGUGAAAUUUUCUGAACAGGGGCACAGAUAGCAAAACAAACUUUUCCCUAUGCAAUCAAAAACUAAAAAAAGUGCCUGUUCCAAAUUACAUACAAAUUCAACAAAAGGGACAUUAUACACUCAUUUUUCUUUGCAUAAAUGUUUUGUAGAUGAUCUAUUUAUAUAGCCCAUAAAGUUUUUUUUCUUUUAAAAAAAUUGAUAGUUUUGCUUAUUUUUAAAUAACAUUGCUCUGAUUUUCAGACUCCUAACCAAGCCCCAACGUUUUAGUAGAAUACCGACGUAUACCUACUCCAGCUGGCUCCUGUUUGUGUAAAGGGUCUUUUCAUAUACAGGGGGAGGGGGAGUGUCUGAUAUUUCCCACUUGCAGUGGGUGUUCCAGUAACCUUUUAAACAGAGCUAAACUGGAAGCUUCUAAGUAAGUUUUUAAACAGUUUUAUACUGGAUUUUUAUAUCAGUAUCUGUGCAUCUUAUUCUUUAUAGUAGUGUCUAUUACAUGCAGUUAUAUGAAAAUUGGUGUAUACUGUCCCUUUAAGAACAAACCUACAGAACCUAUCUCAUUCGUAACCUGGGGACUUCCUGUACUUAAAGUUACAUUUCAUACAAUGUUAAAAACACAUCAUCAAUAUAAUUUUGUUAUCCAACAUUGAAAACAUAGUAAUGCAUAACAAUUUUCUCACUGAUAAGCAAAUCAAAAGUGUGGAUAAUAACCUGAAUUCUCAAUAAAAUGUUUGGAACCAG